UUAAGGCUUUAGAGAUUUGAGAAAGGAGAGAGAGAAAGACGAGUUGGGUCAAUGGAUAUAAAUACUCUGUUUUAGAAACGGACAGCCCCAAAAAGGAGCAAAAAAAAAGACAGAACAAGAAGACGAAAAUGAAGACGAUGACAAUGCUCUUGUGUCUCAUCACGAUGCUCCUAAUAGCCUCCGCAUAUUCCGACACGGUGAUGCGUCUCGACAUGAUGCACCGUGACACACUCUCGCCGAUACAUACACCUUACCAUCGCAUUGAAGACAUUUUCGGCGAGGACAAGAGGCGUCACAGCCUCAUUUCUCAGAAAGUAAAAGCAACUAAAAGUGGAGCGAGAAUGUCUCUGGGAUCAGGUUUCGAGUUCGGAGCUGCGCAGUAUUUCGCGGAGAUUAUGGUCGGGACGCCGGCGAAGAAGUUCAGGGUGGUGGUGGACACGGGGAGCGAGCUGACAUGGGUGAACUGUAGGUUCAAUGGGAAAGGAAAAGAGAAUCGUGAAGUCUUUAAAGCAGAGGAGUCUUCCAGUUUUAAAACAUUUGGAUGCAUGACAAAGACUUGUAUGGUUGAUUUGAGGAACCUCUUCUCCCUCGCCGUUUGCCCUACCCCUCAAACUCCAUGCUCUUAUGAUUACAGAUACGCAGAUGGGUCAAUAGCACUAGGUGUAUUCGCUAAGGAGACAUUCACUCUUGGUCUCACCAACGGCAAAGUUACUAGUGUCCCUGGCCUACUCAUUGGCUGCAGCAGCUCCACAAAGGGCGACGGCCUCCGUGUAGCGGACGGUGUUAUGGGUCUAGCCUUUAGCGAUUACUCCUUCACUGGAAAAGCCGCUAACAUCUUCGGACCCAAAUUCUCAUACUGCCUCGUUGACCAUACCGCCAACAAAAACAUCUCCAACUAUCUCAUCUUCGGUUAUGCCCCCUCGUCUGCCGCCACCAAAGCCCACGCGAAACGAACCGCUCCGCUUGGUCUCAAUAUCCUUCCUCCCUUCUACACCAUCGACAUCGUCGGAAUCUCCCUCGGAGAUACCAUGCUCAACAUCCCUCCCGUAGUGUGGGACGUAACAAAAAGGGGUGGGACCAUCUUGGACUCAGGAAGCAGCCUCACGUUCUUGGCUGAUGUAGCGUACAAGGUGGUUGUGUCAGAGCUAGAGCGUCACCUUGCUGGUGCGAAAAGAGUCAAAGUAGAAGGACUACCGAUGGAGUAUUGUUAUGAUACCAGCAAGUACGACGAUAGCAAGCUGCCGCAGCUGUCGUUUCAUUUCAAGGGCGGUGCUCGUUUCGCGCCUCAUCGUGGAAGCUACCUAAUAGCUACUGCUGCUACAGGAAUCAGGUGUAUAGGGGUUGUGCCGGCCGGAGCUCAGGCUCCCAAUAUCAUCGGGAAUAUAAUGCAGCAGAAGCAUUUGUGGGAGUUUGAUCUUCAGGCCGAGACCUUGUCUUUUUCUCCUUCUACCUGCCUUUAGAUAUCCAUUUAUUUUACCUGACAAUAUUAAAAAAUUGUUAGUGAAAGAAUAAAUAGUGUUAUCAAAACUUGCUAAGGCAUUUUCAGUGGUUAAGAUCAUUUUCUUCUUUUUCGAAAUGUAAAUAUAUAUGUUUUUUCCUUUUUUAAAAACGUAAUGUAAAUAUAUAUAAAUAAUACAAAUCCCAACUUUCACA